CCCACCAUCUCCCCACCUCAUAAUCCAUCUCUUCAUUACAUUUCUCUUCUCCAACCUCCGUUAAUUUCGUUUCAUUAAGCUCUCAGCUCUGCUCGGCUUUUAUAUUCAGCUUUUUUGAGUUUCUUUAGUAGGAAAAAAAAAUGGAGUAUGAAAACCAGUACAACAACUCUCUAGGUUCUCCAAGAUAUGAUUGUCUUCUUUUUGACUUGGAUGAUACCCUUUAUCCUCUGAGUUCUGGUUUGUCCAAAGCAUGUACUAAGAACAUCGAAGAAUUUAUGGUUCAGAAGCUGGGUAUAGAGGAAAGCAAAGUUUCAGAGAUAAAUCAAGUGUUGUACAGAAAUUAUGGGACGUCAAUGGCUGGUCUCAAGGCAAUUGGCUAUGAUUUUGACAAUGAUGACUACCAUAGUUUUGUGCAUGGAAGAUUACCUUAUGAGAAUCUGAAACCUGAUCCUGUCCUGAGGAGUCUCCUUCUUAACUUGCCUCUUCGAAAAAUUGUUUUCUCAAAUGGAGAUAAGGUACAUGUGGCCAAAGCUCUAGCUAAGCUUGGAUUGGAGGAUUGUUUCGAAAUGAUUAUAUGUUUCGAAACACUUAACCCCGGCGACAAAGAUACUGGCAAUCCUUCCGAUUCAGAUGAACUCCAAAACACCAGCACUGAAUUUCUCAAUGGCACCAAUCAUGAUUCAGCUCUCCUAAGGACUCCAAUCGUGUGCAAACCAUUCGAAAAGGCGUUUGAGCAAGCUUUCGAGAUUGCUAAAAUCAAUCCUCAGAAGACAUUAUUUUUUGAUGAUAGUAUCCGGAACAUCCAGACAGGGAAACUUAUGGGUCUGCAUACUGUUUUGAUCGGAACUUCUCGGAGAACAACCGGAGUUGAUUACGCGUUGGAGAGCAUCCACAACAUCAAGGAAGCAUUGCCCGAGCUAUGGGAAGAAAGCAGCAAGAAAUCAGAAAGAGUGAGGUAUUCAGGGAAGGUUGCAAUUGAGACCUCAGUUACAGCCUAAUAACUUCCUGUUAGAUACAAAAAUAAUAUUAUUGUAAAGUCGAGUGUGACUGACACGAAUCAAACUCGAGCCUUCUUGUAGAGAAAUCGAGAGGCAAUUACUAUUACCAUAUGAUUUUGAUUAUUGUAUUUACUACAUGUAACUUUCAAUUAUUAGAAGAAAAAGUUGUUUACCUUGAUGUUAA